UUUUCCGGGCAGCAGCAGCAGUGUUGGUGCUGCUCUCACUCCCCAGUGCCAGACCUGCCACACAGACAGGGAUUCUCCGACUACCUCGUCGUCCUUUCGCUUCGUGGAUCACUACGUCUCCAGUGCGCAUCGCGGGGCUUACGACGAACCUGUGGUGUCGUGCUGCUCCCCACCUCAAGCGUUCAAUCAACAACCUGCACCCAAGAAGGGUACUUCUGACGAUCAUGGCUGACACGGGAAAAGGAAAGGCGGCUGGUGCUUCUACUGGUGGCUCCUCAGCUACGGACAAACUCGGCGAAGCGGAGGUGCUGAAUCUCGUCCUGGACUACCUGGCCACCAAGGGCUUCACGGAAGCGGAGCAGACGCUUCGCCAGUCAGUGACGGCGUCUGGGGGGAGCCAGAAGAAGGGCCGUAACUCCAACCAACAGUCCGGGUCCCGCCUCGAAGACUUGCUGGAGAAGUCCCACGUCGCCCACUCCUUCGGCGCCGCCAGCUCGAAGCGUCGCCGCACCCACCUCGACGCCGUCCUCUCCGGGGCUUCGCCGGACGAGGAAGAGGAGGCGUCGACGGUUGCCGCGGCGGCGGCGGCCGAGACGACGCCCGACAAGGAGGUUAGCAUGGCGACUAAGAUCACUUCCUACAACCCCUGCAAGAACGACCCUUACGGCGCCAGCAGCAUGCCCAUCUACCAGGUGUCGACUUUCGCGCAGCCGUCGGCUACCACGUUCGGCGACUACGACUACACGCGAUCUGGCAACCCUACGCGUCUAGCUCUGGAGAAACAGAUCUGCGAGCUUGAGGAGGGACACAAGGCCUUCGCCUUCAGCACGGGCAUGGCGGCCCUGUCCGCCGUGACCCGCCUCGUCAAGACGGGCCAGGAGAUCAUCCUCAACAACGACAGCUACGGGGGCACCUACCGCCUCCUCAGCAAGGUGGCUGCUCGCAUGAACGUCAAGGUGCGUUACGUGGACAUGUCGGGGAGUGCUGGUCCUGCCAACCUGGCCUCCAUCAUCACCGAGAACACCAAGCUCGUGAUGAUCGAGUCUCCCACCAACCCCAUGCAGCGCAUCCUCAACAUCCCGGACAUCUGCCGGGUGGCGCACUCGAAGGGCGCGCUCGUGGAGGUAGACAGCACGAUGAUGACGCCGUGCCUGCAGAAGCCGAUCGUCCUCGGUGCGGAUCUAAUCGUGCACAGCGCCACCAAGUUCAUCUCGGGACACGCUGACGUCAUGGCCGGGGUCGUGGUCUGCAAGAACCAGGAACUUUCGGAGCAGAUCUACUUCUUCCAGAACGCCGAGGGAACCGGUCUUAGCCCCUUCGACUCGUGGCUGCUGCUCCGAGGAGUCAAGACCAUGCACAUCCGCGUGGAGAAGCAGCAGGAGAACGCCAUUCGCGUCGCCCGCUUCCUCAAGGCCCACCCCUGCACCACACACGUCUACUACACGGGUCUCGAGUCCCACCCUGACUACGACAUCCACAUGGCACAAGCCAGCGGCGGAGGUAGCGUGGUCUGCUUCCGCACAGGCUCUCUCGCGUUCUCGCAGCACAUCGUAUCGGUGACCAAGCUUUUCAAGAUCACCGUGAGCUUCGGUAGCGUGAACAGCCUUAUUUCCAUGCCCGCAGCCAUGUCCCACGCAUCCAUCCCCGCGGAGGUACGCGCCGCCCGGGAGUUCCCCAAUGACCUGGUGCGGCUGUCGAUCGGCAUCGAGUCUGCGGAAGACCUCAUCGCGGACCUCACCAAGGCCAUGCAGUCUUACACCGCUCCGGGCCCUUCAGCAGCCGCCAAGGCUGCGGCCGCCGCCUCCACUUCCGCCGAGCACUAGUGCCACCAUGGUGUGCAGUGUGUAGAAGUGUCGCGUUUUUUUUUCAAGAGACGCAAUUGCUUCUGCAUGCGUUUGCGUGUUACGUUUGCGCCGACCGGCUGACCAAUGAGUUAGAAAAUCAGCGGGGGGCAGCAUGGAUGAAGUUGUUUGCGUUUGUGGGUGUGCCGAGAACAGACACGAUGGCUUGAGUUGGAGGUGUGCAUUGGGAUGGCGCGGCCCGUGUUUCGUGCCCACGAUUUCACUUUGUCGAAAAGUGUGGUGUGUCGUGGGAAAGCCACGGCGGCCAUCAAGGCUUCGAUGGUAAAUGCACCUCGCAUCGUUGUUUCAUGCCGUGACCAAACAGUUCUCUUUUGAGGGCAAGAUUUGACUUGGCAUGGUAAGUUAAUUCUGAAUUGCUUUUGAUCAUUCUUUGGGUUUGUAGCUAUAUGGGAUGGGCCGCUCGUGCGCGGUAGGGAUGUUCGUUUUACGGCACUGUGCAGCUGCCCCUCGUAUCAGGGGCCACAACCACACCAGCUGCAGCAGCUGCCUACGUUACGGUGCAUUGGCCGAUAGCUAGCUAUAUUGGCUUCAAGAGCGGUAUGGAAACGUGCACGCGGCACUGUUUGCUAGUGUGUAUUUGUUGGAUGUAAAGUCAGCAGCAUUGCAGCUUGAUCCGCGUUCGAAGAUGAUUUUGAAGGACGGGGUUGAUUGAUUCCCCUGGCUUGUCUGAGGACUGCGACGCUAACAAGUGGUCCUGAUUUCUGGAUGACACCACUUAUAUCUUGUGGAGGUUCUACCCUAGGGUGUCCCACGUAUGUACCGGUCGAAUGUGAGGAGGUCUUCGCAGUUCUAGUAGUUUUGGGCGUGAUCUAACAAGAGAUGGGUUUUUGACGUGACCCACUUUCACUUGGUGACGUCGCAGGUUAUAUCUUCUUCUCUGUAUGUAUGGGCAUGUAUGGCCAGUGUUUCACACCAGGAGCGGGGCUUCCGCUGGCUUGUGUAGACACGGUCCAAGCUAUAGCUAGGCGGCGUUUUCAGCAACAGCCGUUGGCUGAAGGAGGGCGGGGAGGUGGAGGGAAUCGCACAUGUUUUUGAUGUGUGUCGGGUGUGGUCAAGAGUUGAUAUGGAGAGCUACGAGCAAGCGAUUAGGGACAAAAUGCGUACGCAUGAGGGUGUUUAGUUUGCGGUCAAUCAGAAGGCUAGUUUAUGGAUACGGAAGUGCUGGUUUUUGAGUAUUCGGGUGAGGACAAUGGUUGGCUAGAGCCAUUGCAGGUGUUGGUUCUCUAGGUGAACACGAGAUUAGUGGGUUGCUUCUCCAGCGAAAAAUAAUAUGUCUCUCGUCCCAUUCUUGUGUUCUGGGCGAAGGGAUGUGACUGCUGUGAGGGUUUGGCAAGAAGGUAAAAUAACCGUGCUGUUCCACAACGAAAGACUCAGUUAUAGUUCGUGUCGGUUGCAGGAGCCCUGUCGAUCCUUCAACGCAUGCGUUCUUGCGUGUAUGAUGGAUGUGUCGUGGAUGGCAGGGAAGGCCCAAGUGAGACAAAAGUUGAGGUGUUGGGGCGGGUUGUUGAGUUUGCAAUCCACGCCUUGGUUUGCGUAUUACGCGUGGAGAAAGGCAACGAUUGAUUCGUUGGGAUAAAUUUCCGUGUUGGAUUGUUCGUGUGCAACAGACGGAAGAAAAAUGAUAGGGUGGACGGAGACGCCGCGUAGAUGCCGCUGCUGGUGGUGGAUUCGUCAGCAUGGUAUUCCACGAUACCACGCAUUUGAUGGUACAGAUAUGUUCUUCGAAAUAGUCGUUUGUUUUUGUAAAGCCAAAGGUGGCGUUGGGCGAUCGUACCGUAUCCGUCUGCUUCGCCCGGUGUUGCUAUCGGCUUCGGCUGGAUUAAUCGGGUGAAAACUGGAUGGCACAAGACAUGAUUGUUCAUUCGAAAGAAUUCUUGCGCCGACACGAACGAACGUACUUUACCCACGGACAUCACCGUUCCGUUCAUGAUGUUCAUCUGCACAAUCCUUAGACAACACAAGACAUGCCACAGGGGAAAACGACCCCCAAAUAGACGACUAGGUCAUUACCAUCAACAAACGUCCGCAUGCCUUUCCUCGUACGCGUACGGACGUUUCGGCUGUGACGUUUCCACAAUGACCUAACACCGCUUCGUCUAGCGACGUACCUCCACACUCACCUGCGUGCUAACUCAGUCUCACGGUCUCACAGGGGGGGGGGGGG